GCCAGCCCAACGUCAGAGUAAAGUAAUCUACUGGGAGAGAGUCAGAUUUUAUUCUACUUAAAAAUGUUUUUCUGAUUUUAUCUGACUGCAGCGUUUUGUUUAACCAACGGCGAGUCUUCACGUAGCGCACUUUCCCUGCUGUACUUGAAGUGUUGUUUUCCAACAAUUCCGAGUUUAGCGUCGGCGCACGUAGUUAUGAGUGAAGCCCAGUCGGCGCACGCAGCUCAGGGCAACGAAUGACAGAGUGUCGCUCAGGCGCCACCGAAAGACAGCACCCGGGCCGCAGCAGUUGGAUCGCUACUCCACACAACGCUGGAACUCAGCCCACUGAGGUUUUGGACAAAGUGCCUUUCCAGCCAGUGUUCAUGCCUGAAGCUGCUCUCAAGUCUACGUGUUUGAAGUCUGCACAGCUGUCUUCAGCUACUGCCUCCACCGUGUUGGAGCAAAACCCAGGCUUCCCGUACACCUCUCAUCCAGCCCAGCUCUAGUGGACACGUGGGCCCUCUGUCAGUCCAGCAGAGCUCCGGGCAUGUUCUCCUCCCGCUGCCGGCAUUCUCCACCUGGGGCUUUCUGAAGGACUGACGGGCAACAGCGUGGCGACAACUUUGUUUGCGCACCCUGCUGAACUGCUGCCACGAAAGUUUGUCCGCACAAGCUUGCUCGCCACCCAAAGCCCAGAAUUCUCAGCCCUUUGUCAGCUUAUCUGCAUUGCUUUCUACUUAUUUUAAAACAACACAUUUAAUUCCUCCUAGGACCCAGUCCACACCCUCAGCCCGCACUUGCAGACUUUACUUGAACUCCGUUGAAACAUGGCUCUAAACAUCGCAUCGAUACGAGACACAAAAUGGCUGACGCUGGAAGUGUGCCGGCAGUUUCAGAGGGGCACUUGUUCACGGAGUGACGAGGAAUGCAAAUUUGCACACCCACCCAAGAGCUGCCAGGUAGAAAAUGGAAGAGUUAUUGCCUGCUUUGACUCCCUUAAGGGUCGGUGUACGAGAGAGAACUGCAAAUACCUUCACCCACCAGCACAUUUAAAAACCCAGCUGGAAAUAAACGGUCGCAACAACCUCAUCCAGCAGAAGACAGCUGCUGCAAUGCUGGCUCAGCAGAUGCAGUUUGUGCUCCCAGGCACAACCAUGCAGCCCAUGCACACAUUUCCUGUUACCCAGGGCUUAGGAACAAGCCCCAGCCUAAGCUACGCUCCCUACCUGACCCCAGUGACCCCUGGAAUGGGUCUUGUUCCCACGGAAAUGCUCCCCAGUGCUCCUGUCAUUGUCCCCGGGAGCCCCUCCAUCACUGUCCAGGGUUCCUCCUCCACACAGAAGCUGCUGCGGGCUGACAAGUUGGAGGUGUGCAGGGAGUUCCAGCGGGGGAACUGCGCACGCGGUGAGACAGACUGCCGCUUCGCACACCCCAGCGACAGCCCCAUGAUUGACACAAGCGACAACACAGUUACCGUCUGCAUGGACUAUAUCAAGAGCCGCUGCUCACGGGAGAAGUGCAAGUACUUCCACCCGCCCGCGCACCUGCAGGCCAAGAUCAAGGCUGCACACCACCAAGCUGGCCAGACUGCCGUGGCCGCGCAGGCCGCCGCCACAGCUGCAGCCAUGACUCAGUCGACUGCCAAAGCAAUGAAGCGACCCCUCGAGGCAACUGUAGAUCUGGCCUUCCCUCCUGGUCUUCUGCAGCCCCUGCCCAAGAGGCCUGCCUUAGAGAAGAGCAAUGGAGCCAGCACUCUCUUCACCCCCAGCGUUCUGCACUACCAACAGGCUCUGGCCACCGCACAGCUCCAGCAGCCAGCCACCUUCUUUCCCACAGAUCAUCCUGAAGUAAACCAGAGGAAAGGAAGGGAGUGUCAAGAUGCUGCACUUAUAAGGCCAAAACAGCCCUUCUGUAAAUACUAUGUACCCUCUUUAUUAGAAGUACAGCAAACUGCAUGCUAAGAGUAACGACAGUUAAGGACAAAUCAUAAACUAAUAACAUUUAAGUGCUGUUGUAAUAUGUACAAAUUAUGUAUAUGUAAUGCUAGGAAAAUACUGACAUGUACAUGACACAAUCAGAAUAUUGUACAUACACUAUAUAGAUGAAGGUGGAGAUAUAAUUUUAAUUGAUUGUUGGCGGAUGUUCUCCAGUUAAUGUGGGUUCCUCUUUAUUUUUGUUUAAUGCACACAGUUCACCAUAGGACAAGACAUCAUUUGCACUGUCAGAAAAUAGUGCUUAUUGUCAAGUGCUUCAUUGUUCUGAACAGGAGAAUAUUUACAGGAAAACCCCAGAUAUACACCAGUUACAGUGGGCUUUUGUGUAGAGCCUGCUUUUUUGUUCCUUAAAAAAUGUUGCUGCAGUUGUGCAGGUGGUGUCUGUCUAGGGCGGUUUCGCCCUACAUUGGGGCGUCCACUGUCCGUGUUCAGCUGGCUCCUGUCCCAAAGCUGUGCACACUGCACACGGACCUGCCAAAUAAGUUAUUACAAGACACAAAAAGAAAGAGCCACUUGGUUAUUUGCAAAUGUGUGUAACUCUCAUAGCAAAAAAAAAAAAAAAAAAAAAAAUGUCCUGUGCUGAGAAUUACAUUUAUAGAGUACAUAAUUUGAAUAUGUGUUUGAGUUAAGCAUAUACAAAAAGCUGUAUUUUUUGUGGAACACUGGCCAUCAGGGAGAAAUCUGGGGCCUCCUGCAUUGUGCCAAAGGCUUAAGCAAAGUUGCUGGACUGACAAAGCUCCCCAGGCCACGUCUGCCAGGUUUGACGUCUGCUGGCAGACUUAAUUGACAGUGACUGAACUGCAUGCUGGGUAAAAGUGUGGGCUUGAGUAGGUCUUUCUGCUGCUGGGUUACAGUCAUGGUCAUAGUCACAGUGAUCAGACAUCACAUUUUGGGAGUUACAGAUGUGCAAGAACUUGAAUCCAUUGAAGGUGUAUUUUAGAUGGCCGUUUUAAAAAGAUUGAUGUGUAUUUGCGUUUGGACUUGCACUUGUGUUUGAGUGGAGAUGGCCACCAAUCCCUGCUGCACUCUUUGAUAAUCCUGUUGUAUUUGAGAAAAAAACCGUAGAAGUGCCUAAAAAGUCUUUUAAACAAAAGUACCAUCUUGAGGAGUCUGUGUCACAAAUGCGCACCUGUUUUAGCCGACUUCCUGAGAUCUCUUAAUUUAAGCUGGGAAAAGGAAAAGAAAGGCAGUGCAAAUGUCCCAGUGUGAAGACAGAUCACAAAGAAAGUAUCACGAAAACACAAGACAGCUUAGCUAGAAUGUUUGAAAAUAUUUGGUAUCAUAACAUUCAUUUUUACUAUAGGUUUUGAAGUAGUUUACAUGGGAAGAGUGAACACUUAUAAGAACACAGAAAAUGUGUUGUUUCUGUAAUGGUUAUAAAACCUUUGUCACAUAGUAGUGCUAAAAAUCCAUUGUUAAAAAACAAUGUGUUUAGAUAAGUCUUGCUUAUUUUAUGUUAUGGCCAUCGAGAUAUUUUAUUCAUUUCGCAAUUACAAUCAACCUGUUAUUUUUAUAAUAUGGUUAAUAUUUAUAAAAUGGCCACAUUUAUAAUCGAAUUGUGUAGUUCAACUACCAUAUUAUUACUUGCUAUAUUUUUUAUUGUUUUUAAAGCCUUUUAUUAUCCCCAUUACUUUUGAUGUGUUUUGUAUGCAUUAAAAACCUUGAUUAAAAAUGUUAUAUUUUGAUGGUUUUUGAUUCACAGACAAUCCAUGGUGAGAUGACUUUAGUUCAGCAUGAAUAAAAUCACUUUUCUUAUAUUGUUAUUUUUUUCAUCAUGAUUGUUAUUUUCUUCACAAAAGUUACAGUUUUAAUGUAAUU